AUUUACAUCGGUCACAUUGUACCGCUGGGUGCUGCUGAUGCUGACGGCCGCCUGAGAUCGGGUGAUGAACUGAUCUGUGUGGAUGGGACGCCUGUCGUCGGGAAAUCGCACCAGCUUGUCGUCCAGCUUAUGCAACAGGCAGCCAAACAAGGUCAUGUCAAUCUGACCGUCAGGCGCAAAGUUGUUUACACAGUUCCCAAGGCAGAGAAUGAAGUCCCGUCCCCAGCCUCUUCCCACCACAGCAGCAACCAGCCGGCCUCGCUGACGGAGGAGAAGCGAACGCCGCAGGGCAGCCAGAACUCCCUCAACACCGUCAGCUCGGGCAGUGGCAGCACCAGUGGCAUCGGCAGUGGUGGUGGCGGGGGCAGCGGUGUCGUCAGUGCCGUGGUCCAGCCCUACGAUGUGGAAAUCCGCCGCGGUGAAAAUGAGGGGUUCGGCUUUGUCAUCGUCUCAUCGGUGAGCAGGCCAGAGGCGGGGACAACAUUUGGUCGGAUAAUUGAAGGGAGUCCCGCAGACCGCUGUGGCAAGCUGAAAGUAGGCGAUCGGAUCUUGGCCGUGAAUGGGUGCUCCAUCACCAACAAGUCGCAUUCAGACAUCGUCAACCUCAUUAAGGAAGCGGGAAACACCGUUACCCUGCGCAUCAUUCCAGGAGAUGAGUCCUCCAAUGCUACUUUAUUGACCAAUGCAGAAAAAAUUGCUACAAUUACAACCACACAUACUCCUCAACAAAUACCACAGGAGACGAGCAGGAACAACACCAAACCAAAGCAGGAAUCCCAGUUUGAUUUCAAACCACCCCAAGCAGCACAGCAGGACCAAGACUUUUACACUGUUGAGCUGGAAAGAGGAGCCAAAGGGUUUGGCUUUAGCCUGCGAGGUGGGCGGGAAUAUAAUAUGGAUCUGUACGUGUUGCGGCUAGCUGAGGAUGGUCCAGCUGAGAGAUGUGGGAAGAUGAGGAUCGGUGAUGAAAUCUUAGAGAUCAAUGGAGAAACUACCAAGAACAUGAAGCACGCUCGGGCCAUCGAACUGAUUAAAAACGGUGGCCGUAGGGUCCGCCUGUUUCUGAAACGUGGAGAUGGCUCUGUCCCAGAAUAUGACCCCAGCAGUGACAGGAACAGUCCCGCCACAGGUUCACAAAAUGUAUCGGAAAUGAAACCCGUGCCAUCCGACCGACGGCAGCACCCAUCAUUGGAGUCCAGUUAUCCACCAGACCUUCACAAAUCAUCACAACAUGGGGACAAGCGGACUUACGUUAGAGACCUAAAAGGCAGCAGAGAGUUUAGCAGACAUCCCAAUGAACACCACACUUGGAAUGGGACUUCUAAAACCAACGACCACGUGCCAGGCAGGAGGAUGGAGAGGUCGCCGGAAAGGAGGCACGAGAGGCAGCCGGAGAGGGUGGUGGUGAACGGGCAGAAGAGGAGGUCUCCUGAAAAGCGGAGGGAAGGGACGAGGAGCGCUGACAACACUUUGGAGAGGCGGGAGCGACACGAGAGGAGGAGAGACCUCUCCCCUGAGAGGCGCAGAGAGCGGUCGCCCAGCCGCCGCCGGCGGUCGCUGGAGAGACUCACGGAGCCAAGGAGGUCACCCGAUCGGAGAAGAGAGAGUUCCCUUGACCGGCGGGCCAAGUCGUCCGACCGGCGGAGGGAGAGGUCACCCGACAGACGGCUCAGGGAGGAGCGAGUUGGCCACCGGGAGAGGGAAGACCCCAGCUGGAAGCAUGAGCCAGGCCGCAGGCACCCACCCGAGCAGCGCAGGCGGCCGUACAAGGAGUGCAGCACCGACCUCAGCAUCUGAGGGGCUACUCCGGGGGCCCCAUCGCCUUCCCCACGCCACGGGAGCGGAGGAGAGAGUGCGGGAGCUGAAACCAUCUGGCUUUCGCAGGCGAGGAGACAUCCGGCACCUGCUGAUCCUACAAAUCUUUUAUGCAGAUGAAAUCUUAAAACAAAACAAAACAAAGUGUUGUGCCUGAUGUAUAAUAUUAAAGAAAGUAUUUUUCAGUGUAUCCUUUUUUUUUUAAUUACUUGCCAAGUGUUGGUCCUAAAGGAUUAUAAAAUUUUGUUUCUACAUUCUUUGUAGAUUUCUUAAGAAUAAUUCCUUUAUUGGGCUACUUUCCCCCCUCCCCAAUAUAGUAAAUGGGGGUAGCCAGUAAUAUAAUAUAGGCAAAGGAUUUUAUGACCAAGUUUGAAUAAUUUGAUCCAGACUGUUCUCUAGUGACUCACUGCUACACUGUAUGUAGAAAAUUUUUUAAGGGUUGGGGGUGGGGAAGGAAGAAAAUUG